CAGAUGAGCAGCAACCGAGGACAUAAAAGACAGCCGAAGUGUCUGUGCUUCAAAAGAAUACAUCCUUGCACCUAAAAGGGAGAUACAUUAAGACUGAAAAUGAAAAACAUUUUGAAAAACAUAGGGGGAAAAGUUUCUAGAAUGGACAGCACCAAACCUUUAAUGGCGGACAACAAUAACGACUCUGAGGAUGGUCGUGAAGGUGAGAGGUCCACAAUGUAUUACAGGUUUAACAGCGGCAGAGGCCAGCGCUCACAGGAGCUGGUUUCCAUGUGUUCUGAUGACGAUGUGCACGGCUCCUCCCGUAGCUCUGAGUCUAAUUCGGCACAGGGGCAUGAUGAUCAGUACACAGAGAGAUCCGAGCCCCUGAGCUUCCCAGACCCUCCUGCAGACCUUGACCUACAUCUGGCGCAGCAUUUGGACACUGCAGCAGACAUAGUGGAAAGUGAGCUGAGGAGGCUCAGUCACAGAAGGUCUGGAGACGACCGUAGCUGCCUGACAGAUGACCUCCUCUGUCAGACAUGUGCUCACCUGCAAGUUCUCCUUCAGAACAUCAGCACCUCCAAAAACUGCUUCCUCCUGAUGAAUUGGGUCUCGCAGAGGAAGACGCUACUUGAUAAGUCAGAACUUGGAGAGCUGGAUGAAUGGGAAACAAAAGCGCAGGCCAAACUGCUGGAGAAAGUACAGGAGGAGGUCCGAGAUACCCUGCAGAAAAUCCUGGAUGCUGACCGAAGCCAAACAGGUCACGAUCAUGAAGCCUAUGUUCGACUUUACUUGGACAUUAUUCAGUGUAUUAAUGCCAAGCCCAAAUUAGCACAUGAAAUAAGCUCAACACUAUAUUAUCAGGCGCGGGUGGUUUGCUUUGAAGAACUGCUACAUUUUGUGAAAAGGUACACCUCAGAGCAGGAUGAGAUUCUUCGUAAAAAAGCCCAGACCUGGAGGGAAAAUCCAGAAAUUCUACAGUUUCUUAAGACCUUGAGAACAUGUAAAGAACUAAGGAAGCAUGUCCAGACUGAAGGAACUGCCAUCAAACGUUCUCUUUUAAAGGAAAUUGAGGAACUCCUUAAGACCAUGGAGGCCCUGACUUUGAAGCUUCUAAACCAGAUUGUAACUGAACUUGCUGAGACCUGCCUCACGAACUACUUCAAUUCACCCAACAGGCUGUGCAAACCUGUUGACAGGCAGUGUGACUUGCUUGCUACCUUGAAGAACCAUUUUCCCAAGCUGGAGGAUGCUUCAGAAGAACAAAGGAUUGUGAUGGAUGAAGCUUAUAAGGUCGUUGCUCACACCUACCUCAAGCAUCUCAUUCAAAAAAGUCAGCGCAAUCUGAGAAAGCACUGGAGUCCUAAAGUGGGCCAAGCAGUCCUAGCGGAUGCUGAAAACCUUCACACCACCAUCUCAGACCUGGCUCCUGGCGUUAAGCAGUGGAACGGCAUGCUACUCAUGAUCCAAGAGCUGUUAGACUGCAAAUCCAUGGACACGCUUAAGCUCACCGUUGCAGGCAUACAGAAAGACUUUGAGGAACAGAGAGAGGACCUGGAGCUCCUACCUGGCCUGCUGCGGUGGAAGGGUCUUUCAAAACGGGAUGUCAGAGAGGUUCUGGAAGCUUUACCUGACAGUCCACCCAUGCCCAGCUCUAGACCUGUGCGUUCCUGUUUCUGCUGCUGCAGCUGAACUCCAGUCCACUGCACAAACAGGACUUUUAUGAGAUGUUUAGAUAUGUUGUUCAAACUUACUCCGUUAAGACCACACCAGGUCUGUGUAGCAUAAAUGUGAAUAUCCUUCUUUCAGAGGUAGAAAUUUCAGGAAAGAAAAUUUGUCUCACAAAGUUCCUGUUAUUUUCUAAAAAAGCAGACUUUCAAGGCCUUGCUUCCUGCAGCUUUGUCAUAACUGGCCCAUGCAUUCUGUGGUUGUGUUUUUGGGGACACCACCUGGUCAUCUUUGGAUUAGUCUUUGCCAGAUUGUAUAUAGUUUUUAUUGCAGGCUCUUCAUUUAAGUAACUGACUUCUUGGGAUAAUCGUCUUUUUCUGGUGCACUUAGUUUUUCUUCCUGCUCUUUUUUUGUGCGUUCCUUCACAGGUCCUGCUUCAGAAUGUGUUGCAGAAACGGCAACAGGCCUUUUUUAUGCCAGUAGUUUAGUGUUAAAUAGAUCUGGAUUCACAAUAGAUCACAAUCUAUUUUGUGACGCUUCACAUUAAUCAAGGUACAAAAACAUUUUCCAGUCUUUAGAAAAAAAGGUAAAGCAUACAGGACUGAUUUUUUUUAAAGUUCUCUUUUAAAGUGCUGUACGAAGUAAAAUAAUAAAUAAGAUGUUAUAGAUCUUUUUUAAACCUUGUAUUUAUACUGUAAUAUUUACUUUUUUUUUUAUUUAUUGAAUAAUAAGCGUUUAUGCUGCCUUAUACUUGAAUUUCCUGAAUUUACCUGUGAGGGGCAAAAAGGGUAUUUCUAUUCUGUUGCGUUCUAGUCUACUUGAACUGUUGAUUUUAGUAUUGUAGCUUAUUAACACGACAUUUGCAAAAUAAGGGAGAUAGUAUACUCCACUUGCUAAAUUAAUAAAUGCAAAACUGCCAUAUAAUGAGCUGAA